AUGGCCCCGGCAUCACUAAAUGAUCGUUUCAAGCAAUCUGUUACUCCCGACGCUUUAAGAUCAUAUCUUGCAGAGUUCAUCUCUUUUUUUUAUGUGUUUGUAGUCGUUGGAUCUGCCAUGGCUUCACAGAAAUUGAUGCCAGGAGCAGAUCCAUCCAGUCUGGUAAUAGUCGCCAUUGCGCUUUCAUCGGCUGUGUACAUUGAUGCCAACGUCUCCAGUGGGCAUGUGAAUCCUGCUGUCACAUUUAGUCUGGCCGUUGGAGGCCACAUUAAUGUCCCCACUGCUAUAUUCUAGUGGAUUUCUCAGAUGUUGGCUUCUGUCAUGGCUUGCCUUCUCUUGAGAGUAGCCAUUGUUGGACAGUCUCUUCCUACCUACACUAUUGCAGCAGAGAUGACAGGAUUUGGGGCGUCAGUGUUUGAAGGUGUGCUAACAUUUGGUUUAGUCUACACAGUUUACGCUGCCGGCGACCCUAGAUGCAGUUUGCUGGGAGCCACUGGACCCUUGGCAAUAGGGCUCAUGGCAGGAGCCAAUGUCUUGGCCGCAGGACCAUUCUCAGGUGGCUCAAUGAACCCUGCCUGUGCAUUUGGGUCUGCAAUCAUUGCUGGAAGGUUCAAGAAUCAAGCUGUUUACUGGGUUGGACCCUUAAUUGGAGGCACAGUUGCGGGGCUUCUCUAUGAUAAUGUUGUCUUCCCUAGUCAAGUUCCUGAUUCUAUUGGGGUGUAAUUGCAAUUUCGUAAAAUGAAAUGUUAUUUUGUUACUUUUUUGGUACGUAGUUCUUUUUUCCUUUAUUUUUGCGACAUAUUGCAAUUGUAGUAGCCAACAUUGGUAUGAUUGAGUGACCACAAUGCCAUUUUAAUGGUCAAUUCAUUACCUUA